UACAAACAAAACAUUCCAUAAAAAAAAAAAAGGGAACAUGUUCGUUCCUGACGAGUUCAACUACUUUCUCUCUCUGCUUCUCCUUUCAUUCUCUCUGUCUCUGCGCUAAACCAAAUUGAAAUUAGUAAUUAGCAAUUAGCAUCAUCGCCAACAGAAAACCUCUCUGUACAAAUCCGCAUUUAUUUAUGCACUCUUCUCCUCCCUCCCUUUAACUCUCUUUCUUUCUGUUUUAUAUUCUUUGUUAUGAAGUUACUCGCUCCGUGUUCCAUUGCCUUUCGUUCUUCUUCGUUUUCAUGGAACACCCAUUUCUCAGGUGCUAGUGGGAAUUUUGGAGAAGCAGGUUUUGGUGAUAAGAAGGGGUUUGAGGGUGUUGUUUUUCUUAAUGGGGAAAGGUGACGAUGGACGCUGCAUUUUUCCUCUUACGAGUUUGCAAAUUGGAGACUUGCAAUCUUAUUUUGCAGAUCUUAGCCUUUUUCUCGCAAAUGAUAGCAAAAAAAUGUAUAUUUUGGUUGACAACAGACCAUGGUUGAGUGACCUUGGUUCACGGGGAGUACACAUUUGGCAAUUGAUGGUUACUAAGUCAAGGCUUUCUCCAUUUGCAUAUUCCAAAUCUCGAAGAGAGAGGAAGGAAGGCAAGGAGGUUUGUCCUCAAUCAAGCUCUAGCAAACCAAAGAAAUUUAUGAGAUGGUUCUCGUUGAUUGAAGCAGUGAUGUUAUCAAGAAAGAAAGUUUUGUUGCCUGUGAAAAACCUAAGGAAUUCUUUACAAUUGAGCAGUGAAUUGCAUAGAACUCUGUAUGGCUUUAUUGUAUUUGAAGUUGCAUGGACCAGUGUUCGUGGUAUUAACUACUAUAAUGAGCUUCAGACUGAUACAUCACUGGCUAUAGAAGCUAAACUGAUGAAAAGAUGGGAAUUUGACAGUAUAGCUCAAGCUGCAGACUGUAUGUCUUCAUGGUUCUCAGGAACACCUUCUGAAAAGUUGCUUCUGAAAGAACACCUGGAUUCCGCCUCAGGGGACACAUUUUAUGAUGCUAGUGAAGAUUUUUCUGGCACUGUAUCCGUUGAUGAUGGUGAUGAUAAUGUCUGCAGAAUUCUGACUGUUGAAGAUAGUUUGGGUACCAAAGUUGGAGUAUAUUCUGAUGAUACAGAAGAAACAACAGACAUGCUACACACACCUCCUCCUUCUGGACCUAACAAGAGAAGAAAAUUAAUGAAUUUCUUUAGUGCUGGAGUUGAAGUUGGUAGCUACUCGGCAGCUGAAAUUGAUAACUCAUUGGAUUAUUCUCAGACCUUUAGCUGUGUUUCUGAUGAUACAGUUGAAACCACUCAAGAUGAUACAGUUGAAGCAACACAAUAUAGUGAUGUUCUACUGUCAUUUAGGUUUAAUGAUCAUGACCUCCCAUUUAAAUUCAGGGAAGUCAUAGUAUCUGAUCUGCGAUUGCUUACUUUGUUGGAGGCUGGUCUUCCAUCUUGGGUCAUCUUCCUUCAGUCAUAUCCAGUGUUAUGCAAUCUUUAUCGUCCUUGGAUGUGCCCACUUGCAAGACUUUUAUAUUUUUUGAUCUCAUUUGUUACUGUCCUCAUUGGAUUCUAUGAUUUAUACAAAAAUGUUCCUGUUCUCAAGGCAACUGCAUCUCGUAUAUGUGGGCCUCUUCUUGAUUGGAUUGAAACUUGGGAGAUGGUUUCAAGGGUCAAAUACUUAGGCACAAUGCUGUUUCUACAUAACUUCCAGAAGGCUGUUAGGUGGUUUCUUGCCUUUACACAUACCAUGCGAUCAUUUUUUUCCUUUCUUGUUCAACCUCUUGUAGAGUCAUUGGUGGAGAUUUUUGGAUUUCUUCUCCCAAGCUUCAAGUUUUUGUUUGAAUUAGCUGAAAGCAUCUUUUCUGUCAUUUGGCUCGUAGUGGAUACUUCUUUUGAUAUAGUGGGAAAUGUACUGGAGCUGCUCUUUUCACCAUUUUGGUUUGUCCUCAAUGUUGUUUGGAGCAUUGCUACUUGUAUCUUAUAUCCUUUAUUUUGGGUUCUCUGGGAAUUCCUAUAUGCUCCUGUUCGUCUUGUCCUGGUGAUAUUCGGUUUUGUGGCUUCCAUAUGUUCACACAUUUGUAAUAUGCUUGGCAACACGUGGCAGUUUGUUAGUAGGAUUUUCCAGUUUGCAGCAUCUUCUGAAGCAACAGUCAGUGCUUCUGAAGUUUCUAUGUGGCGAACUCUUUGGAAUGACCUUUUUUCCCAGAUUUUCCGUGCUCUCAAGAGCAUACUCUAUGGGUUUGUUGCCUUCUUCACAGCCUGCAAUAGGCAUCGACUAAGCAUUUAUAAUCAUGUACAGGAGUUCGUCCAAAGAUUAUAUGGUACGUGCCAAAGAUCAAGGCAAGACGACUCUAGAGACAAUGGAAAAACUUGCUUGCCGCUGAAUUUGACGGAAGAAAAGAAGAACGUUUGAUUGUAUUGUGUCUUUUCAGAGACAGCACUCUGUAUUGGAAAACAAAUUUGGUAACUUUUACAAAUCUAACAUCAACACGUCAUUUUCAGCAAACUCAAUUCGAUUACCGUUGCAAUUUUAAGAUUAUUUCUCUGUAACAAAUUUUGAUUUUACCUUUUCCCCUCUCUUUAGUUCCCCAAGUUUACUUCUCACAGUUGUCUAUUUAUGAUGAGUUUUAUAGUCCAAUAUGUACAAAGUAUGUACAGUACACUUGUAAAUUUCCUCAAUGUAUAUUCAAAAUUGAACAAUUGUAAAAUGCACCAGUUUUGUACAAUUUACAGUCACUAA